AGGCACCGAAGGUGGAUGUGUACUCCCGCAAACAUGCCGCAUAUGGAGAGGAAAACACCCUCAACUGCUUCGUGAGUGGUUUCCACCCUCCGAAGAUUGAUAUCACCCUUCUCAAGAACGGGGAGCCCAUGAGCAACGUGCAGUACACGGACAUGUCCUUCAAUGACAAGUGGUAUUUCCAGCGCCUGGUGUAUGCACCGUUCACCCCCAAGAAGGGAGACAUCUAUGUCUGCAGGGUGGCCCAUUCUGCCUUCAGAGAGCCGCAGUUAUUCCGAUGGGAGGAAGACUUCUAA